CCUCGCAGUCAAAACAUCAUUCGAGUGGAUUCACCAGAAAAUGUUGUUUGUGCUUAAUGUGCUGAUGAUGCUCAGAGCGGGACAAUGUCUUUUCAGGAUGCAUGAAUCAUCCGUCCUUUGAUGAAAAGACUGCUGCAGUCGGAGACGUGGUUGAAAUGAAGUGUAAGCUUGACUCUACAGGAAGCUUUUUCUGGAUCCGCCUCGGUUCUGGAAACUUUCCUGAAUACUUAGGAAAAACAAAUGGCUUGGAUGUGAAGAAUUCACGCAUUACAACUACGGAACAACAAGAUAAGGGAGGACAAUUUAUUCUGCGUAUAACAAAAGCAGAGCUGAGGGAUACAGGAUUUUAUUAUUGUAUGAGAACAAAUCAACGAAACUUGACUUUUCUGACAGGAACAACCCUGACAGUUAAAGAUUUUAAUAUCCCAGCAGCAAAACCUGGAGACGCUGCAGUCCCUCCUCCUGAUCCGGUCGGUCCGGGAGACUCAGAGAAGAAGCAAACCUGUCCAGGAGAACACAAUGCGUGCUGCUUCAGAGCCGGAUCACAUCAGUCUCAUCCAAGAUGGAAUUUCACUCGAGAGAACAGUGUUAAAGGAAGUGAAAGGAACCCGGCUGGAGUCUCGAUAAAGAAAUGUAUUUGCAGUGUCACUCAGAACUUCAGCUGUUCUGGUGAGGGGACUUAUUUCUUUGCUGUGGACACGUGUGAGGAGAAAACUUCUGGAAACAGAUCAAACUUGGCCAAAGAAGCAGUGAAGAAGGACUCAAAGACAGACCACCUGUUCCUCCUCCUGUUAUGUGCUGCUUUGGCUAUAUGCCUCGUAAUUAUCGCCUUUCUUAUUUAUUCCAUAAGAAAGCUCAAGAAUGCAUCUUGUGGUUGUUGCAAUGCUGACGCCGCUCUGCAGGGACGAGCAGAAACAGCGAGUGGUGAUCAGCAGAAUCAGCAGGUGGAUGAGGACUCGUUGAUUUAUUCCGCACCAACCUUUACGAGCAGGAAAUCUGGCAGAGCACGAACAAGAGAUGUACAAACCGAGGAGAAAGAGAGCAUCUAUGCCCACGUCAGGGUUGUCGAGGAGAAAUGAAACUCUAAAAAAAAAUGUACGACUUCGCUCUGGACUGCUUGUGUCGUUUUUUUGUCCGCACUCUUUGGGGGGAAUAUUUGAUUUGCAGGAGAAAGUUUGUGAAUAGGCUUCCUUUUUGAAUAACUUAAAGACGUGUUUUACUGCAUUCACUGAUGAUGCAAAAUAUCUGUUUUGUUUUCAGCAAUAGACCCACAGCAUAGAGAGCUCGUGUCCAUGUGUUCACAGAGGUUAAUAGGUGUUAAUAUGUUACCUUCUUCCAUCGCCCACGUCUACAUG